AUGUUAUCUCAUAUUACUACACCUAUUUUUUAUCCAAAUGCAAAACCGCAUAUUGGUCAUGUCUAUUCCUCUCUGUUAGCAGAUUUGAUUCAUAGACAUGCAUUGUUAUCAUCACCAAAGCCACAUAGUAAUAAACCCCUUACGCAUCUUUUCACCACUGGUCUCGAUGAGCAUGGGUUGAAGAUUCAACAAGCUGCCAUAAAGAACAAUUUUUCCACUCCUAAGAAAUUUGUCGAUUCUUUGGCAGUAGAAUUUAAAAAAAUGGAUAAACUUUGUGAUAUUAAUUAUACAAGGUUCAUUAGAACCACAGAUCAAGAUCACGUUGAAAAUGUCUAUAAAUUAUGGUCUUUAGUGUUUCAAAAUGGGUACAUCUAUAAAAAUACUCACGAAGGUUGGUAUUCUGUUUCUGAUGAAACUUUUUAUCCAGAAUCGAAAAUUAUCAAACAACCCGAUGGAUCUUAUAAAAAUACCGAAACAAAUACUUCUGUAAUCCCCUCCAAUGAAUCGAACUACUUUUUCAAAUUGUCAUCCUUCCAAUCACAGUUAAUUGAAUUAUAUGAGAAAACUGCACAAAAUAUGAUAUAUCCACCAAAAUAUAGAGACUUCAUAUUACACGAAUUGAAAUCUCAACCUUUGAAAGAUCUUUCCAUUUCCAGGCCAGUAGAACGGUUAGUCUGGGGUAUCGAUGUGCCAAAUGAUCCUACUCAAAAAAUAUAUGUUUGGUUUGAUGCUCUUUGUAACUAUAUAAGUUCUAUUGGUUCCAUUAAUAAUGUUUUGGAAAACACUCCAAAUAUUGUAUCUUCACACAGUUUUAGUGCUGAUCCAACACAUCAAAUAAUUAUUCCCUCUCCCGCUGAAACUUGGCAAAAUACAACCCAUAUUGUGGGCAAAGAUAUCAUUAGAUUCCAUACAAUCUAUUGGCCUGCCUUUCUAAUGGCAGCAGGUAUCCCAUUACCGAAGCAAGUAAUCGUUCAUGGCCACUGGCUUUCAGAAGGUACUAAAAUGUCAAAGAGUAAAGGAAAUGUAGUGGAUCCUAUCGAUUGUAUUGAAAAAUUUGGGAUUGAUACUUUGAGAUGGUAUUUGUUACAAAAUUCGAACUUGAAGAAUGAUAAUGAUUUUAUUUUAAAAAAUUUAAUGGAUUUCAAAAAAAUUUCCUUUGUUGGUAAAUGGGGUAAUUUAAUUCAUAGAUGUUGCUCUCCUAAGUUUAGCAUACAUGAUGCUGUUUUGAAGUUUACUACCUCAAAUAAAACCAUUCAAGAAGAUUUUCAAUCAAUUUUCUCUUCGCCUGUAGAUUCUGAAAGUAAUAUACAAAAUGCUUCUCAAUUCAAAGAAUUAUACCAAACCAUUAUUAAAGAUCUGGAGACUUUACCAUCAGACAUGAAAGUUAUGAUAGAAACACUAGAAACAGCCAAAUUAUUGAAUAAAUUUUGGUCAAUAAUAGAUAAUUUAAACCAAUUCAUUCAAUUGACAACUCCUUGGAAACUGAAAAGUCCUGAAGAUUUACAAAAAAGAAAUCUUAUCAUAUAUUUUGUCAUAGAUUCUAUGAGAAUCUUAAGUAUUUUGUCUCAGCCAAUCAUCCCUAACCUAGCAGGAAUGUUUCUUGAUAGAUUAGAUGUCGUAAAAGAGAGAAGGUCAUGGGAAUUUGCUGCAUAUAAGAAAGAUAUUGAUUAUGCAGUUGAUGCUAACCUUAAAAAUAGACCUCCCACAAUUCAAAUGGAGUGA